GCCAUGUUCUUCAAUGGAUUCAUAUUAUUACAUUUCAAUUCUGUGCAUAACUUUGUCAUUGCUUGCACCAUGUGCUCCUCUCUUUUACCUUCUAUUUUGUCAGCGUGCCUAUGUGACCAGUGUAUUGAUCUUGAGCUUAUUUCUCAUUCAUUUGGUUUCAGUUUCAGUGAAAACAUUAUCACCGAUCUUGGUUUUGUGGAUAUAUUUCCAGCCUCACGAAUUCCGAAACAUAUGCAACAUCUUCUCAAGCCCAUUUAUCGCACCAUGUCUGGUGCAUCAAAGGAACCACUAGGAUCAAGAGAUAUGGUAAAAGAAAAGGGAUUCUGUGUGACAACAGAUCCGGGGACUCUAUCCUCUAUACUGAAAUGGGCAUCAGAUGCUGAGGACCAUUCGAUCAUCCAAUGGGAGAUCACAAGUGGUCCCAUUGCUGGUCGAUUGAAGUUCAUGGCCAUCCACAACUGUCCAAUCGAAAAUCUGGGCCACUUCAGAAGCCCAAAUCAAGCUAAUGAAAGAUAAGGACCCUAUCAACGGUCCUGUCGAAUGAUCUCGACGAGAUCAAUGGUCCAAUUGGCAUGUGGGCCCCACAAGGUUAAUCUGAUGGCUAAAAAAUAACCAUUGUUUGGACUGGGAUUUACAAGUCCAACUGGGUACUGUAAACACCUUUAUAUACAGACCAUAUAGAUUUUUGUGAGUUCCUACAACUAUAUGGGCCAUAUACACCAUAUGGCUAGGUAUAUAUCCAAUAGACUCGUAGAGAGAUCUGGUGAGUAGAACCCUUCAUUUAGUUUCAUUUAGCAUCUCUUUUUAGUGUAAGUUUGAGACAAUUUAGAAAUAUUUCUUUUUUGUGGGCCAAUAGGAUUCAAGUAUUGUCUUCUUUUAUUUUUAGGAGUUGUAUAAAGCUAUAUAUACAUAGCCAUUGUACGGAUCUAGAUUGAUUAUUUGAUCAAAUGAAAGUUUUUUGCUUCUUUCUGUUCAUAUCCAGUUUCAAAAUUUUAACCGUGGCUAUAUUGUUCAUUUUGUUUUUUUCUCCUUUUUUUUUUUUUUUCG